AUGGAGGAAAGCGCAGAGAGCGAGGGGAUGAAGGACGAUCUGGCACAGGAGGAGAAGAAAUUGGAGGGGGAGAAUGAGCAAAAUGAAGCAAAGACAGAGCAGGAGGAAGAGGAGGAGGACACGGUACAGGAAAACAUGACCAAGAGUGCAGAAGCUGAAGACAACGCAGCAGACAAGGAAGACGAGGCAGUGGCCGAGGGAGAGAAAGAGAAGACAGAGGCAGCUGAGAAAGAGGAGGAAUCAGAAGGGGCCACAGCCGACAAAAAGGAUGAGGAAGGCAUAGUAAGCGAGGAGAAUGCCAAAGACUUGGAGGAGGAGAAGAGCAACAAAGAAAUAGAAGAGGGAGAAGGGGCAGCUGAAGAAAAAUCGGCUGAGGAAGAUGUUGGACAAGAGGGAGAGCAGCCAGCAGAAGGCGAGAAAGGAGAAGAGGGGGAGAAGGCAGCGGAGGAAGAGAAAGAAGAAGAGGGAGAGAAGAAACCUGCAGAGGAAGAGGUGGCCACAGAAGGAGAGGUGCCAGCAGAGGAAGAGAAGCCAGCUGAGGAAGAGGUACCAGCAGAGGAAGAGAAACCAGCAGAGGAAGAGGUGGCCACCGAAGGAGAGGUGCCAGCAGAGGAAGAGAAACCAGCUGAGGAAGAGGUACCAGCAGAGGAAGAGAAGCCGGCAGAGGAAGAGAAGCCGGCAGAGGAAGAAGUAACAGCAGAGGAGGAGAAACCAGCUGAGGAAGAGGUACCAGCUGAGGAGGAGAAACCAGCAGAGGAAGAGGUACCAGCUGAGGAAAAGGUACCAGCAGAGGAAGAGAAGCCGGCAGAGGAAGAGAAGCCGGCAGAGGAAGAGGUACCAGCAGAGCAAGAGGUACCAGCAGAAGAAGAGAAACCAGCUGAGGAAGAGGUACCAGCGGAGGAAGAGAAACCAGCUGAGGAAGAGGUACCAGCAGAGGAAGAGAAACCAGCAGAGGAAGAGGUACCAGCAGAGAAAGAGGUACCAGCAGAGGAAGAGGUACUAGCAGAAGAAGAGAAACCAGCUGAGGAAGAGGUACCAGCUGAGGAAGAGGUACCAGGAGAGGAAGAGAAACCGGCAGAGGAAGAGGUACCAGCAGAGGAAGAGAAACCAGCAGAGGAAGAGGUACCAGCAGAGCAAGAGGUACCAGCAGAGGAAGAGAAGCCGGCAGAGGAAGAGGUACCAGCAGAGGAAGAGAAACCAGCAGAGGAAGAGGUACCAGCAGAGGAAGAGAAACCGGCAGAGGAAGAGAAGCCGGCAGAGGAAGAGGUACCAGCAGAGCAAGAGAUACCAGCAGAGGAAGAGAAGCCGGCAGAGGAAGUGGUACCAGCAGAGGAAGAGAUACCAGCAGAGGAGGAGAAACCAGCAGAGGAAGAGGUACCAGCAGAGGAAGAGAAGCCGGCAGAGGAAGAGUUACCAGCAGAGGAAGAGGUACUAGCAGAGGAGGAGAAGCCAGCAGAGGAAGAGGUACCGGCAGAGGGAGAGAUACCAGCAGAGGAAGAGGUACCAGCAGAGGAGGAGAAACCAGCUGAGGAAGAGGUACCAGCAGGAGAAGAGGUACCAGCAGAGGAAGAGAAGCCAGCAGAGGAAGAGGUACCAGCAGAGGGAGAGGUACCAGUAGAGGAAGAGGUACAAGCAGAGGAGGAGAAACCAGCUGAGGAAGAGGUACCAACAGAGGAAGAGGUACCAGCAGAAGAAGAGAAGCCGGCAGAGGGAGAGGUACCAGCAGAGGAAGAGAAACCAGCUGAGGAAGAGGUACCAGCAGAGGAAGAGAAGCCGGCAGAGGGAGAGGUACCAGCAGAGGAAGAGAAACCAGCUGAGGAAGAGGUACCAACAGAGGAAGAGAAGCCGGCAGAGGAAGAGGUACCAGCAGAGGCAGAGAAGCCAGCAGAGGAAGAGGAACCAGCUGAGGAAGAGGUACCAGCUGAGGAACAGGUAUCAGCUGAGGAAGAGGUACCAGCAGAGGCAGAAGUACCAGCAGAGGAAGAGGUACCAGCAGAGGAAGAGGUACCAGCAGAGGAAGAGAAGCCAGCAGAGGAAGAGAUACCAACAGAGGAAGAGAAGCCAGCUGAGGAAGAGAUACCAGCUGAGGGAGAGGUAUCAGCAGAGGAAGAGAAACCAGUAGAGGAAGAGGUACCAGCAGAGGAAGAGGUACCAGCAGAGGAAGAGAAGCCAGUAGAGGAAGAGGUACCAGCAGAAGAAGAGAAGCCAGCAGAGGAAGUGAUAGCAGCAGAGGAAGAGAAACCAGCUGAGGAAGAGGUACCAGCAGAGGAAGAGAUACCAGCAGAGGAAGUGAUACCAGCUGAGGAAGAGGUACCAGCAGAGGAGCAGGUACCGGCAGAGGGAGAGGUACCAGCAGAGGAACAGAUACCAGCAGAGGAAGAGAGACCAGCUGAGGAAGAGAUACCAGCAGGGGAAGAGGUACCAGCAGAGGAAGAGUUACCAGCAGAGGAAGAAGUACCAGCAGAGGAAGAGAAACCAGCCGAGGAAGAAGUACCUGCAGAGGAAGAGGUACCAGCAGAAGAAGAGAAACCAGCUGAGGAAGAGGUACCAGCAGAGGAAGAGGUUCCUGCAGAGGAAGAGAUUCCUGCAGAGGAAGAGGUACCAGCAGAAGAAGAGAAACCAGCUGAGGAAGAAGUACCAGCAGAGGAAGAGGUUCCUGCAGAGGAAGAGAUUCCUGCAGAGGAAGAGGUACCAGCAGAAGAGGAAGAGGUACCAGCAGAGGAAGAGAAGCCGGCAGAGGAAGAGGUACCAGCAGAGGAAGAGAAACCAGCAGAAGAAGAGGUACCAGCAGAGGAAGAGGUACCAGCAGAGGAAGAGAAACCAGAAGAGGAAGAGGUACCAGCAGAGGAAGAGAAACCAGCAGAGGAAGAGAAGCCGGCAGAGGAAGAGUUACCAGCAGAGGAAGAAGUACCAGCAGAGGAAGAGAAACCAGCCGAGGAAGAGGAUGACCUGAGUGAGGAGUGGGACGAGUCACAAUCAGUUAUGUUAACAACAGCAUCAUCAUCAAUUGAAGAGGUGUGUGAACUGCCAUUGGUGGAGAAGAGAGAAAAGGAGGCAGAAAAAGGCAAAGAUAAAGAGGGAGCAGAGAAACAUGAUAAAAUAGAGUUAGAGGACCAGGAAAAAGCAGAAAAGAUGGAGGAGGAGAAAGGGCCAGAAGAUGAGGAGAAGGCAAGGAAGAGAGAGCAGCAAGAGGAAGUAGGAGAGGAAGAGAGACCUGCAGAGGAAGAGAGGGCAGCAGAGGAAGUAGGAGAGGAAGAGAGACCUGCAGAGGAAGAGAGGGCAGCAGAGGAAGUAGGAGAGGAAGAGAGACCUGCAGAGGAAGAGAGGGCAGCAGAGGAAGUAGGAGAGGAAGAGAGACCUGCAGAGGAAGAGAGGGCAGCAGAGGAAGUAGGAGAGGAAGAGAGACCUGCAGAGGAAGAGAGGGCAGCAGAGGAAGUAGGAGAGGAAGAGAGACCUGCAGAGGAAGAGAGGGCAGCAGAGGAAGUAGGAGAGGAAGAGAGACCUGCAGAGGAAGAGAGGGCAGCAGAGGAAGAGAUAGCAGGAGAGGAGGAGAAGCCAGCAGAGGAAGAGGGGGCAGCGGAGGAAGAGAUGCCAGCAGAGGAAGAGGGGGCAGCGGAGGAAGAGAUGCCAGCAGAGGAAGAGAAAGAAGGAGAGGAGGAAAAACCAUCAGAGGAAGAGAAAGUGGGAGAGGAGGAAAAACCAUCAGAGGAAGAGAAAGUGGGAGAGGAGGAAAAGCCAGAAGAGGAAGAGAGGGCAGCAGAGGAGGAGAUACCAGCAGAAGAGAAGCCCACAGAAGAAGAGGGAGUUGUAAUUGAAGGAGAGGCCAUUGCGAAAGAGUUGAAAGGGGAAGCUUCUGCAUUCGAAAUUUGUGAGUUGCAAGAUAAUGAACUGGAUGAGGAGUUAGGAAAAGAAAUGUAUGAUACAUUAUCAAUAUCAAUAUCAUCCUCAAUUGAUGAAGUGUGUGAGCAGCCACCAGGGAAAGAAACAGCAAAGGAAGCAGAGGGAGUAGUAGAAUUGGAAGCAGAACCAGAGAAAGCAGCAGAGGAGGCUGAGAAGCCAGAAGGGGAAGAGGAGGAAGGAGAGGUAGAGAAGCCAGUAGAGGAGGAGAAGCCGGCAGAGGAAGCAAUCCCUGCAGAGGGAGAGAUACCAGCAGAGGGAGAGAUACCAGCAGAGGGAGAGGUACCUGCAGAGGGAGAGCUACCAGCUGAGGAAGAGGUACCAGCAGAGGGAGAGGUACCUGCAGAGGGAGAGGUACCUGCAGAGGGAGAGGUACCAGCAGAGGAAGCAGUACCUGCAGAGGGAGAGGUACCUGCAGAGGGAGAGGUACCAGCAGAGGAAGAGGUACCUGCAGAGGGAGAGGUACCAGCAGAGGAAGCAGUAUCUGCAGAGGGAGAGGUACCAGCAGAGGAAGAGGUACCAGCAGAGGGAGAAGUACCAGCAGAGGAAGCAGUACCUGCAGAGGGAGAGGUACCAGCAGAGGAAGAGGUACCUGCAGAGGGAGAGGUACCAGCAGAGGGAGAGGUACCAGCAGAGGAAGCAGUACCUGCAGAGGGAGAGUUACCUGCAGAGGAAGAGAAGCCAGCAGAGGAAGAGAAGCCGGCUGGGGAAGUGACAGAGGAAGAGAAACCAGCAGAGGAAGAGGUACCAGCAGAGGAGGAGAAGCCAGCAGAGGAAGAGGUACCAGCAGAGGAAGAGGUACCAGCUGAGGAAGAGGUACCAGCUGAGGAAGAGAAGCCGGCAGAGGAAGAGGUACCAGCAGAGGAAGAGAAAGCAGCAGAGAAAGAGUUGCCAGCAGAGGAAGAGGUACCAGCAGAGGAAGAGGUACCAGCAGAGGAAGAGAAACCAGCUGAGGAAGAGGUCCCACCAGAGGCAGAGAAGCCAGCUGAGGAAGAGGUACCAGCAGAGGAAGAGAAAGCAGCAGAGGAAGAGUUGCCAGCAGAGGAAGAGGUACCAGCAGAGGAAGAGAAGCCAGCAGAGGAAGAGGUCCCACCAGAGGAAGAGAAACCAGCUGAGGAAGAGAAACCAGCAACGGAAGAGGUACCAGCAGAGGAAGAGGUACCAGCAGAGGAAGAGGUACCAGCAGAGGAAGAGAAGCCAGCUGAGGAAGAGGUACCAGCAGAGGAAGAGGUACCAGCCGAGGAAGAGGUACCAGCAGAAGAAGAGAAGCCAGCUGAGGAAGAGGUACCAGCAGAGGAAGAGGUCCCAGCAGAGGAAGAGAAGCCAGCUGAGGAAGAGGUACCAGCAGAGGAAGAGGUACCAGCAGAGGAAAAGAAGCCAGCUGAGGAAGAGGUACCAGCAGAGGAAGAGAUACCAGCAGAGGAAGAGGUCCCAGCAGAGGAAGAGGUCCCAGCAGAGGAAGAGAAACCAGUCGAAGUGGAAAGACCAGUCGCGGUAGUGGAGAAAGAAGUGGAAGAGAAGCCUGUGACACCGAUGGAGGAAGAAGAAAAGCCAGUCAAGGAAGUGGUGCCAGUCAAGAAGAAGGAUGAGGAUGUAAGAAAAGGAGAAGAGAAGGGUGCUGAGGGAGAGAGGAAAGUGGAAAAGAUCGAUAGUGUGGUAAAGAUGGUAGUGAAAGUGGUGGAAGGAGUCGUAGACAGGGUAAUGGAGAAAGCGAUAGAGAAAAUGGUAGCUGUGGGGAAAAACAAGUUUGGGGAGAAGGAGAAAAUGAUUAAGGUGGUGGAGAAAGUGGUGGAGAAUGUGGUGGAGAAAGUGGAGAAGAUCAUGGAGGACUUGGCCAAGAUGGAAGACGUGCCCGAGAAGAAGAUUGAGAGGAUGGUGGACCUGGUAGUGGAGGAAGGGCAGAAGAUGUUCGAGAAGAUGAUGGAGAAGAUGGGCAGGAUGGUGGAGGACGACAAGGGGGAGAGUGUGUCCCCAGACUCAUGCCAAAGACAACUGCAGAAGACGAAACGGGAUCUGGAAAUGCUGAAGGAACAGCGGAAGGCAAAAGGGGAGACGCCAACAAAAUCGCCAUCCCCCGUCAAAGAUGAGUCCCCAGUAAAGACGAAGGCUCCAAAGGAGAGGUCUCCAACAAAGGAGAGGUCUCCAACAAAGGAGAAGGCACCUGGAAAAGAGAAGGCACCAGGCAAGUUGAAAGCACAGAGAGGAAGGGAGGAGGGAUCGGUAAAGUCGGCGGGAUCGCUAAGGUCUGAGAGCUCAUUGAGGGACGAGGAAUCGGUAAAGGCGGAGGGAUCGGUAAAAGAGAAAGCAUCGAGCAAAAGGGAAGGCAAAGAGAAAGGGGGCGCCAAGGAAAAAGGGGCAGCAAAGAAGCAGGCGAAAGG